AUGAACUCGCCAUUAAAUCUUUAUUUAUGUCAAGAAGAUCCUCCAGAGUUUCGUAAGGAACUGUUUAGUUGUGAAAAUUCCUUGUUCGGUUUAGAAACUUGUAUAGAGAAUCUUGUCAAAUUGGCAAGAUCUAGCGUAGAAAUUGCUUCAGAGUAUACCAGAAAACAAUUUCAAUUUGCUGAAGAACUUAAAAAUUUCGCAAUACAACAGCCCGAAUCAAUAAUAAAAUCUUUUCUUAUAAAGUAUUCAACAUCAUUACAAGAAAUUGAGAAGAGUCGCGGAAUACUUAAUUCAAGUGUAAACUCGAUGUUUAUUGAAUCACUUGAAUCUUUUAAAAAGAAUGAAAUAUCACCAUUAAAGGCGAUGAAAAAGAAAUUUGAGAAAGCGAGUAAUGAAGCCGAUAUUGCACUUCAUAAUUAUAUGAAUAAAACUCCUUCUAGUACGAAAAUAUAUGAAGCUUCAGUUGAAGUUUCAAAAACCAGAAAAGAAUUACAUCUUAGAUAUAUUGAUUAUGUGUUGAAAUUAAAUCAAUUAGAAGCAAAGAAGCAAUUUGAAUUCAUGGAAUAUAUAUUAGCAUUAAUGUUUAGUGGAAAAUCUUUUUAUCAUCAAUGUUAUGAAACUAUGAAGGAUCUUGAGCCUGGCAUGAAAAAUGUGACAAAAUUACUUCAUGAGACAAGGUCGAAAUAUGAUAGUGAUUUAAAGACUUCUGAUAAAAUCAAACAAUCAAUAUUGGAGAUGGCAAAAGAUACUUACAAUCCAUUAAAUUCUUUUAAAAAAUCAAUUAGAAAAGUGAAUAUUGAUAAAAGAGUUAUGCAAUCAUGGUCUCGUAAAUAUUUUACUAUUUCAGGAGAAUUACUAUAUUAUCGUAACAGGAAUAUUAAAAUUCCAAACAACGAAAUUUCUGGUGUUAUAAAGCUUAGAGUUUGCCAUGUGAAACCAAUUGACAAUAUUGACAAAAGAUUUUGUUUUGUGAUAAUAUCACCAACGAGAACUUAUAUUUUACAAGCUGAAAAUCAAGAAGACAUGGAAGAUUGGAUCAAUUGUUUAAAUGCAGCAGCUACAAUGGCAUUAUAUUCAGAUAAUGUUUCAACAUCAUCUCAAAAAGUCGACAGCAAUAUUUCUCAAUUUAGAGAAAGUGGCCUUACUAAGGAAGAAUUACAAUUAAAAUAUAAUUUUAUCAAUAAAAUUAAAGAAAUUGCUGGAAAUUCAAAAUGUGCAGAUUGUAGAACUAGCGUUCAUCGUAGUUUAGGCGUUCAUAUUAGUAAGGUUAGAUCAUUAAUGUUGGACAAGUGGGAACAAGAAUCAAUAGAUAUAAUGCUAAAAUUAGGGAAUUCCAAAAUAAAUGAAAUAUUUGAAGCCAAACUUGACGAGGAUUAUAAAAAUAAAAUAAUUACAGAUCCAUCAUGGAAAAGGGAUAAAUUUAUUACUGAUAAAUAUGUAAAAAAAGAAUUUGUAGCUCGAAAAGAUGAUGAAAGUUCCAAUUCUUUAGAAAUUAUCAACAUGGAAUUUUGGAAUGCUAUGAAUCAAACAAAUCUAUAUGAAGCCUUAAGAUAUCUAGCACUUGGCGCUGAUGUUGAUUGGAAAAAUCAAGAAAAAAAUUCCACAACAUCAUUACAUCAGGCUAUUCAAAGAAAUGAUGAAUUAGCAUUGGAAUUUUUAUUUUUAUGGCAAGUUGAUAUAAAUUCUGUUGAUAAGGAUGAUGGAAAGCUACCAGUUGACAUUGCAAUAGAUUUGCAAAAUAUUGAAGCUAUAAUAGCAUUAAAUCCCAAUAAAUUUAAAAUAUCAGAAAAUUCAAGUUUUGAAGAGGACGAAACAGAAGAGGAAUCAGUAAUAACUGUAUCUGAACCGUAUAACGAACAAAAAUUUUGUUUCAGUGAAAACCCAGAAAAGGCUUUUUCUUUUGGCACUGAAACAUCAAAAGCAAUUUCCUUUAGUUUUGGUCAAGGUGAUAAGGGCUGGUCUAAUUUUAUUGUAUGUGUUUUAUUUAAUAAUGGAGAUGUUUAUGUGAUGUGUCCAAUAGUAUCAAAAAAUUGCUGUAUAAUUUUUAAAAAAUAUGAAGCCAAAAAACGUCUACCGUCUGAUUCAAAUCUUCGAAUAUAUGAUAAUCAAUAUCAUUUGCAAUACAGAUGGAUUUGUGAUGUUUUUCAACAAAUUAGUAAACUUCCAUCACCAUCACCAUCAUCAUACAAGGUCAAAUCCUUUGGAAUUAUCACAUCACCCUUUGAUGCUAGUGAUAUAAUCCAUUUGAAUAACCAAUCUACUAGUAUAAUUGUCAUAGCUUCUAGUAGUGGUAGAUUGGAUAUUUUUCUUGAAGUUGAUAAAAUUGAAGCAAUACUUGAUUCUGAUAUUAACUUCCACGCUACAACUGAGAGGGUUUCCUUAGAGAGUAGAACUGCACCGAUUAAAUUGUCAAUUGAUGAUAUUAUUCGUUUAAAAAGUAUGGGAUUUCCUGAAACAGAUAAAUUAGAAUUUCCACCAAACUACAACAGGGUCAAUAGUGAAUUGAUAAGAAGAAUUUCAUUAACAACUGUUAAUGAAAUCAUACCAAUUAAAUCUUCUGCUCACACGCUAAUUAAUACAUUCUUUUACAUAAGUAAGGCCAAUCGAAUUCUUCAAAAAAGAAUAAUUCAAUCAAAUCCAAUUUUUGGAGAAUUUGAAAAUGAAUAUUUUGAUAUGCUAAAUCGAGUUCAAGAUGAUUUAAAUGAUACUAAAUAUGAUCAGUCAAAAUCAAAUCAUUCAAAAUCAAGUCUCGAAGCUGCUUUAGACAAAGAGACAGGACUUAUUGAAGAGACAACAAGUAAAAUACAGGAAGCACAAGAAAGACCAAAAAGUUUGAAUUUGUAG